AGCCAAGCAGUCGCGCAUUAACACUAUUGCCGUGUGCGCUUUCGUAUACGGCGCCGGAUUUUUCUAAUCUCGUAUUAUUUUACGGAACGUGGGGGACAAGAAUAUUGGAGAAGGGGAUUAGAAUAUUUUUACCUGACAUAUAGACAGUCUUCAAUUUCCUUUCAAAGGUCGUCACACGUCCAUCCAUUCGUCGUGAAAGACGGGAGGAGAUUCUAAAGCGAAGUACCAGUGUCAGAGAAAGAGACGAAGAAAAAGGAACGAGGUAGAGGCAGGCAGGCAGGCAGGAAGAUGAAGGGGAUGAUGCUGCCCGCGUUCUUGCUGGGCGUCCUCUUGGUCUCUCGCGUUCAGGCUGUAUCGGAGAGGUUGGAAUUGGCACCAGCUGGAGGAAGAUCUGAACCGCAAGUUGCAACGCUAUGCGAAGUUGGCGAGGUUUACCUGGCACAACACAUGGGCGAACAAGGUAGAUGGGUGUCGUCGACCGAUAAGAAGAGUUGUAUGACGGACAAACUCGAGAUUUUAGAAUAUUGUAAGAAGGCAUAUCCAAAGAGAGACAUCACUAACAUCGUCGAGUCGUCGCAUUAUGUCAGAGUCAGUGGAUGGUGUAAGCCUGGAAGAACUAAAUGUAAAUUGUCGAGAUGGGUUAAACCUUAUAGAUGUCUGGAGGGUCCCUUCCAAAGUGAUGCACUUCUUGUACCAGAGGGAUGUCUUUUCGAUCAUCUACAUAAUCAGACCAAAUGUUGGGAAUCGCACAGGUGGAACGCAACAGCCGCUGAUACCUGCAGAGAACGUAACAUGAAUCUAAGGAGUUUUGCUAUGUUACUACCAUGCGGGAUAUCGCUCUUCUCUGGUGUCGAGUUCGUAUGCUGUCCGAAACGCCUGAAAGAAACUAUAAAGGUCAAGAAACCAAUCGAUUUACCGAUUCCAAAAGGAAUUGACGAUGAUCUCGACGAGGACGAAGAUGAUCUCGAUGACGAAGAUGAUCUCGAUGGUGAAGCCGAUGACGAUAAUGAUUCUGAAAGCGAUCUCGACGAUGUAUUCAGUGAUCAACCUGACGAUGAGGAGAGUGACGAGGAAUAUCUAGACGAUUAUGAUACAACUACGAGCCGACCGUCCACAAUAUUCUCAACGACUGAGAAAAUUAAACAAGAAGCAACGGCAAUGCCUUUACCACUUAGUAGCAGCACGCAACAACCAUCUCAAUCGCAAGGUACACCGGAUCCAUACUUGACUCAUUUUGAUCCACGAUCGGAACAUCAAAGUUACAAACAAGCGCAGAUGAGACUCGAGGAAGUACACAAAGAAAAAGUAACAAAAGUGAUGAAGGAUUGGAGUGACCUAGAAGAAAGGUAUCAAGAUAUAAGAGCUCAUGAUCCAGUUGCUGCUGAUGCUUUCAAACGAUGGAUGACGGCACGAUUCCAAGAAACUGUUGCAGCCUUGGAAGAAAGUGGAGCUGCGGAGAAACAUCAGCUCAGUGCGAUGCAUCAACAACGAGUGCAAGAAGCUGUUAAGCAGAGAAAUGAAGAAGCUAUGUCCUGUUACACUGCUGCUUUGAACGAAACUCCACCAAAUACCCAUCGUAUUCAAAAGUGUUUACAAAAGUUGCUCAGAGCUCUUCACAAGGACCGACACCAUACGAUUGCUCAUUACAAGCAUUUACUUGACAGCAGUUUGGAACAAGCCCAACGUGAAAAACCUGCGACACUGGAACAUCUGGCAGAAAUUGAUAGAAUCACAAAUCAAAGCUUAUUGAUGUUAGAACGAUAUCCUGAUCUGAGUGCAAAAAUCGGGCGUCUAAUGGAUGACUAUGUUUUGGCGCUUCGCAGUAAGGAUGAAACACCAGGUUUAUUGUUAGCAAUGACUCGAGAAGCAGAAGCAGCUAUUUUAGACAAGUAUCAAGCGGACGUGGCUAGCAAACAAGAAGAAAAAGAACAUCAAAAGCAAUUAGAACGUGCACGCAAGGAACAACGUAAGGUUGAACGUGGUGAAUUACGUACGGAACAAGAACAACACGAAGAGAAUGAUUCAGUGAAUGACAAUAAGUAUUCUUCUCAGCAGUCUGAACAGCCGGCACCCGUUGCAACGCUGCAUAAUGAAGGAGUGGUUAGAGCAGCACACAGUAUGACUCAUGAUGUCUCACAUUCUGAACCGGGUUACUCAGUAAGACGUGAACUAUAUCACAAGGAGAGCCGAUCAGUUUACUUUACGCUAGCAUUUGCUGGAAUCGCACUUAUGGCAGCUGCAAUUGUAGCUGUUGCUGUAUUCAAAAGACGUAAUGCGAGAAGCCCACACAGCCAGGGUUUCAUUGAAGUUGAUCAAGCUGCUACACCCGAAGAACGACAUGUAGCCAACAUGCAAAUAAAUGGCUAUGAAAAUCCAACAUAUAAAUAUUUCGAGGUGAAGGAAUAAUUUAAUCAAUUUAAUCGGAACAUCAUUCGCUUUAAAAGCUGGUCUCGAGUAGUCUUUUCCAUAUUAUUAUCUCCGUUUACAAAUGUCAUUAUUAUUUUCGUUAUAAUUUUGAUUUAAUUCUAACAAGCAUGAGGUACUUUCGAAGAAUCCGAUUAUUUAUGCGCUUACAACAUUGUGCUUGCACAGCUAAAAUACUCAUUAAUCUGAAACUAGCUGUCAUAAAUCGUAAUAGGCAGUGAUGUUAAUUCACAUAAUGUAUAGCACAAUAAUAUAUAUGUUGGUGGACCCAUCAAUGGUGUUAUAUGAAAUGGUAAAUUAUAAUUAAGAACUUAUUACGCGGGGAAUUAAUACUAUGACAGUGUGUCGAACCACGAAAACUAUCUAGAUAAGUAUACUCGAUUCAGUGUAUCCAUAUAAUGAUACGGUUUUAAAUGUAUGUGCCAUAUGAAAAAAUGGAUGUCAGAUAUUAGAUGCCUAUCUCUUCGAAAGUUCCUCCUGCUUUUAUUGUUUUUAUUUUGCCAUCAUUAAUAUCGAAGAGAAACUCAGGAAGGGGCAUUGCUCAUGAUAAAGAGUUCACAUUAGUUCUAUCAUCUUGAUGUUCCUUCAAUUUUAUUAACUUAUUAACUUUUCAUCUGAAAGGAUUGCGAAAAGUACCCGAUUGAAAAGAAAUCCUAUAUCUAUUUACUGUUACAACAAUAGAUCUUAAUCAUCACGAGAGGCAACACAUCUUUUCCGUAAUCAAUUAUGCAUUUGGUAACGUGCAUCUGAUCGUGCACUAACUUCUAUAUUUUUUCGCUCUGAUAUUUUUAGAGAUAGAGAAUGGCAAUAAGAUUCUACGAUUCAGUCCUUUUGAAUAAUACUAAUACUAAUAAUAAUAAUAAUAAUAAUAAUAAUAAUAAUAAUAAAAUAAUAAUAAUAAUAAUAAAAUAAUAAUAAUAAUAAAAUAAUAAUAAAAUAAAAUAAUAAUAAUAAUAAUAAUAAUAAUAAUAAUAAUAAUAAAUAUAUAUCAGUAUCUCAAAGUCGUAGCAAUUCCGCAUUGGGUGAUAUAAGCUUCGAUUAAAAUUAAUCGCUUAUGAUUGUGCAAGAGUUACAUGUACGCUACAGAGAAACUCUCAAAAUAUCAGAACAUCAAUCGAUGCACAUAAAAA